AUGUUCGGUCCACGCGCAGCAUUACGAUCCCAAACUCACCUCCUCAGCGCACCCACGCGCCCCAUCUCCCGCCUCACCAACUCGCCCUCCCCUCUCCCGCGAUACACCAGCACCGUUGCCUACGCAAACGCACCCUCCAAACGCUCAAUAUGGCUGCGCCGUCUAGCCUACACCACAAUAUUCGGUGGGCUAGGUAUGCUCGCAGGACAGCUGAUUGAAGAGAAAGUAGCCGCGCCGCCGGUCCCGGGGUCACUUGAGGAUAAGAUUGUCAUGGAGGAAUUGCUGCAGAUAUAUGAGAAGGCUACUCCGAUUGUUAUGGAGUUAAGGAGUAAUCCGAAUUAUGAGGAGUCGGAUGUUUAUCAGAAUUAUUCGGAGGAGGAGAAUAGGCAUCGGUUGACGGCGGGGCCGUUGAGGGGGAGUAGGGGGUUAGCGCUGCAGAAAGUAUUCUACAACCGCAAAGAACAAGAAUCCAUCAGCAUCGUCUUCCUAGGCGAAGGCACUGAAGGCUGGCCCACAAUCACCCACGGCGGCGCCCUCGCAACCGUCAUCGACGAGAACCUCGGCCGCGUAGCGCUACGCAGCUUCCCCGGGAAAACCGGCGUCACUGCGAACCUGCAACUCAACUACCGGGCACCUGUGUACUCGGGCCAUUUCUACACUUUCCAUUCGAGGCUGGAUAAGGAGAGGAUCACGGAGAGGAAGGCUUAUGUUACGGGGGAGGUGAGGGAUCCGUUGGGUGGGCUUUGUGUUGAGGCGAGUGCGCUUUUUGUUGUGCCGAAGAAAUUGAAGCUUAAAGAGCUUGGGGAGACGUAUUGA